UUCGGUGCAAUGUUCGACCUUCGCUUCUUUCCCCUGUACUGUAAAAAUUGAUCGUACGACGGUUAGAUGCUUUGGCAAGUACGGGUUCACAAACCGUGGGGUGGAUGGGCAUAGGAUUUGGGAGCCAGAUGGAUAACACGCAAAUGGUUAUCAUGUGGUCUAACAGCGAUGGAACCAUUACGUUGUCCCAACGGCGGGGUGACGGCCAUAAUCUUCCCCUGGUCGAUAGUAAUCCUGAUCGAGUCGCAGCCCUCGUCGAAGCUGCAAGUUCCACGUCUACAUCAAAUACUACAUUCACAUUCGCUGUUGACAAAACGAACGUUACGACUCAAAGAAUAAUUUUUGGAUUUGGAUCCACCAAUCCUAGAUCCUCUAGCGUUGAUGCCGACCUCGAAGAGCACAUUGGUUAUGGCAGUUUCCAGUUGAAUCUGAACGGGAAUAUAACCUCUGGUUACUCAUCAGAUCCUCUGCAGCCUUUUGAACGCAUGAUUGUCGCGCAUGCCAUCCUUUGCAUUCUGGGCUUUCUAUUGUUCCUACCCUUUGGAUCUUUGCUGGCUCGAUACGUUAGAACAUUUACCCCAAAGUGGUACACAGGUCACUGGAUAUCUCAGUUUGCUCUCGCUGGAUCUCUCAUCGUUGUGGGUUUUGCUUUAGGCGUACAGAGUGUGAGCUCCCAGGGCGUACCUCAUCUGAGCGAUGACCACCAAAAAUGGGGCGCUGGUAUAUUUGUCCUCUACUUGGUACAAUGUGCCCUGGGUGCUUUUAUCCACUGGGUAAAACCCAAGAGAUUUGUUGGCCGUCCGCCCCAAAAUUACUUCCACGCUCUCUUCGGACUGAUCGUCAUCGGUCUUUCAUUCUACCAAGUCAGAACAGGAUAUAUUACUGAGUGGCCUAAUAUUACCGGCCGAGGAAAGGUUGCAAAUGGCGCGAAUAUUGUGUGGUAUAUAUGGGUUGUGCUGUUGCCGGUUCUAUACUUGGCCGGAUUGUCGUUUCUGCCUAAACAAUAUAGACAAGAAGCAGAUAGUAGAAAAAGGCAGAUGGACUCGAACGAGAAUCUAAUGAUGGACGUUCCACAGCAGUAUCGCGAUUGAUUUUUUGGUACAUGGGACUUUGAACUAUUACUGUUGCAUAUAUUAUUGAUGAACAUGAGAGCUUCAAGGACCUUCAUCUAAGCUCGUAUCCUCUUCGAAUCCUUUUGUAGUAAACUGACUUGGUUUUUGUUUCAUUUUGUCCACUUUUGGUCAACAUCGGGUUA